GCUUUUCCCCUGCAACAUAAUCACCUCUUUAACAACAUUACCAAUAGUUAGUCUGGCGUUAGUGGGGUUCCCCACGUCUACAUCAGUCUCUCCUUCAUCAAAUUGUAGCCAUAUACCCCUUGGUCUGAGUGAUGAAAGCACUUGUCUUUUAAGUUUGUAGAUCAGUGGAAAUGAAUGGGAGAGCGAGAGAGAGAGAGAGAGAGAGUAGAGAACAGACGCACAAUGAGAUUCCUAUCGAAAGUAAAAGUGAAUGGAUGCCCUGGGCACGACGCGAACACACACAGACGCACAACAAACGACCACAAAGUGCACGGAGCAUUCAAGGACAGCUAUAGCUUAAUGCAUUUGGACACGGAUCAUAUAGUGGAAGCCGUUGCCUUUUAACCCGAGGGAUGGAGACUCUCGAUUCCCGCCAGACAGGUGCCAGGAUGCAGGAUGUGGACAUUAUGGAUCUGCCCAUCUCCCCUACACUUGAGGUUGAAGACUUUCUGCCAGAAUUAGACCUGGAAGUCGAGGAUUUUCUCGGGGAAUUCGGGGAUUUUCAUUUUGACUUCAAUUAUGCGUUGUUUGACCUGGACUUAAAUGUGGACAUCCAGACUGGUGAGGUUGCCAUACCGACAGCUGUGACCGAGCCAGGUGGCCAGAAACAGAACUGCAAGAUAAGGAGAGAACCUGGUGACGGACAGAGGAAGAGGAGAGCGACAGAACCUGGUGACGGACAGAGGAAGAGGAGAGCGACAGAACCUGGUGACGGACAGAGGAAGAGGAGAAGGAAGAGGAGAGCGACAGAACCUGGUGACGGACAGAGGAAGAGGAGAGCGACAGAACCUGGUGACGGACAGAGGAAGAGGAGAGAGACAGAACCUGUUGACGGACAGAGGAAGAGGAGAGCGACAGAACCUGGUGACGGACAGAGGAAGAGGAGAGCGACAGAACCUGGUGACGGACAGAGGAAGAGGAGAGAGACAGAACCUGUUGACGGACAGAGGAAGAGGAGAGCGACAGAACCUGGUGACGGACAGAGGAAGAGGAGAGCGACAGAACCUGGUGAUGGACAGAGGAAGAGGAGAGCGACAGAACCUGUUGACGGACUGAUGAAGAGAGUGACUCAGACAGACUCUCCCAUCAGAGGUGGUGCUGGCUCUCCUCCCCUCUCGGCCGUGACUCUCUCUCCUCCUCCUCCUCCUCUUCCUCCUCCCAGACUUCUCCAGAUCGCUCCCUCUCUGCUUUACAUUCCUGGGUUUGGGACUGCUACUUUCGUCUCUUCAUGUAGCAAUGGCUCAGAGCUGCAGCUGGUUCAAGCUCGUGUUUUCAGCUUCUCAAGACCGCCCACCUACAUACUGAGUGUAGUACCUUCUCCCUCUCUGUCUCCUCGACCCGUCGACGUCCUUCCUCUCUCUCCAGUUGACGGUGCGGUAGCUCCAGAUAGCAUGUGUUCGUAUCCUCCUGGAUCUUUGUCUGACUGUGCCAGCCAAGCCCUGUCUGCCUCCCCCCUCUCCCCCAGGACAGAGGAGUACAUACACCAAGCCAAGGCUCACCUGAGGGGAAUGUGCCAGGACAUGGAGGCGGGCCUUAGCCUGGCGUCCCACUAUGUUGACGUGCGAUUGGUCCAGAGGCAGAUCCAGAUUGGCUCAGGGAAGAACGGCAGCAAGUGUCUGGAGAAGGAUCUGGUCGCCAUCGGAGACGGGGAGAGGAGGCGGGACUCGUUGGCCAGGAGUCAG